AUGCUAUUAUUUCGUAUUCGAAAACAUUAUCAUCUACUUUAUGUUCUUGUGACGUUGAAUAUAAUAUUUUUUCUUAUUGUCUAUCAUCGCUUGAUCCUGAUAAAGCCAGUACCAUUUUCAUCUGUUGAUUUGUCGAUACAAUCAUUUAUACAAAAUAGUUACAAUGAACAAAAUGAUCAGUAUUUAUCGUCAUCAUCUCGGUGCUAUAUACCUCGUUUCGAUCCGUGGGAUUCAACUGUUGCAAAAUCUAUACAUAUAAAAUCGGUCUAUCGUUGUCCGACGAAUAAACAAAAUUUAAUCAAUGUGAUCAAUAAUACACAAUUAUAUAUUAAUCAAACAGUGAAUCAAACUUCUUUUUCAAAUUCAAUAACGCAUUGUGUUUAUUUAAAAAUUGGACGAAAUCCUGAAGAGAAAUAUUUUCGUGAUUGGUCAUAUACAUUAUCCGAUCCAAUCUUAAUUGUUAAUGGCCAGACAGAAGCAAUAGUCGAUACUGAUUUUGUUGUUGCACGUUGCUACAAUGAUACAACAAAAUAUUUUAAUCAAGGAACAUUUUGUGGCUAUAAAUGUCCAAGUAAGGCAGAAACAAACUCAUCCAGUAAAAAAUCAAUAUCAUUAAAUAAAUAUUCUGGUCUUCUCUACGAAUAUGUUCAUCCAUUAUUUCGACUUAAGAAACCGCCUCUCUCACGUAGCCAAUGGCAUAGUAAACCAGAAAAUACUUGGUUAUCAAAUUUAUUACCUUCACCAUCACCAUCAUCAUCAUCAUCAAAUCGUUCACCACCACCAUCUGUAGUCAUGGUUAUAUUGGAUGCUGUAAGCGAUUUGCAAGCACGUCGAGCAUUACCACAAACGCUAUCCUAUUUGAGAUCUCAAGGUUUAUAUGUUUUUCAACGCCACACAAUUGUUGGUGAUGGUACAUUUGCAAAUAUUGUUCCUAUGUUAUUUGGCCAGAAAGCAACUAGCUUUCAAAACCCAAACACGAAUGAUAGUCGAUAUGAAUUCAUUCGAACAGAAACAAGAGUUGAUUCAAAAACUAAAAAACGCUAUCAAGUUAAAAAGAUUAUUCACUACCCCGGACCAUUUGAUAAUUAUCCAUUUAUUGUAAAAAAUUUUUCUCGAUUAAAUUAUACAACUUAUUUUAGUGAAGAAUGGCGUGACAGUGCUUUUUAUAAUUUAAAAAAUGGUUUUCGCCAAGUACCAACUGAUUAUUAUCUACGUCCGUACUGGUUAGCAUUGUAUGAAACAAUGUCUUAUAGCAGAUAUCCGGGAAAUUCGAAUCCUAGGCCAUGUUAUUUAAAUAAAUUAUUACAUCAUUUAUCAUUAAAUUGGCUUGAACAAUUUUUAAGUAUACAUCAUAAAACAUUAGAUUAUCCAACGUUUGGUAUUAUGAAAAUGAAUGAAAUGAGUCAUGAUUAUUUAGAAAGACUUUUUUGGAUUGAUUAUGAUUUAAAAAGCUUUUUUGAAAAUUUAGUUCAAAAAAAUUUAUUAAAUAAUACAAUAUUAAUAUUCUGCGGAGAUCACGGUCAUCGACAACAUCGUAUACGACUUACACGUAUUGGUGGUUUUGAAGUUAAAUUGCCAUUUUAUUCAAUGCUAUUUCCAAAAUCAUUUGAUAAACAAUUUCCACAAGCUAUGAAAAAUUUAAGAGACAAUGAAAAAAUGUUAACAUCUUGGUGGGAUGUUUACGAAACAUUAGCAAAUAUUCUAAAGAUGGUAGAACAACCAUCUAUAUUUGAUCCUCUUUUAGUCGAUUGGAAGCCGACAACCUCGGGUAUAUCACUAUUUCAUCCUAUUCCCGAACGAAAUUGCUCAGCAGCUGGUAUACCCGAAAAAUAUUGUCCAUGUUCACGCAGUACACCACUUGAUACAGCAUUACCUGUGAUUAAAGAAUUAACACUAGCUAGUAUUAAUCAUAUAAAUAAUGUAAAAUUAAAGUUACAUGCACAUUUAUGCCUUCCACUCGAACUAAAAACAAUUAUUAGAGCUGAAGUCGAAAAAGUAUCCAUCACAAAGAAAGUCGAUAAUCAAACUACAAAUUUUACGCAUUCUUAUACGGUACUUUUCGAAGUAUCACCAUCCGGUGGAAUAUUUGAAACUCGUCUUCUGCAUCAUGAAAAAACGGAAAAAAUUGAAGUAAAUAGUGAUAUUCUACGUAUUAAUCUUUAUGGCGAGACAUCCGCUUGUAUUCAAGAUAAAUAUGAAUUACGAUCAUUUUGUUAUUGUAUUUCAUAUCAUCAAAAACUAAAAGGUGAACUAUCUACGGCUCUUAUGACACAAUCUACAUCUAAUAUUACUAUUCUCAAUUCGACAAUAACAAUAAAAAACUAG